AUGGACACGGAUCUUGAAUGCGUAUUUGACAACUACCCGGCUGGCUUGGGUGUUGACCAUUGUCGUCUAUUUUCUUAUCAGCUGGUGCGAGCGAUCAAUUUCAUCCACACGGCGCGCAUCAUUCACCGAGACAUCAACCCCUCCAAUAUUCUCGUCAACCCCGACACGCUAUUUGUAAAGCUUGGAGACUUUGGAUCGGCGAGAAUUUUGGACGUUCGUUUCGGAAAGCGCUGCCUUUCUAUUCCCGCCUAUGCGCGGUAUUAUCACGCGCCUGAAGUCUUAGCUGGAACUGGCAUCUAUGACCUAAGCUCGGACAUGUUCUCCCUUGGCUGCGUCCUGUACAUUAUGGCAACUGGUACGAUUCCAAUAAAGCACGAGUCCGGAGCUGCCCCUGAUCUUCUCAAAGAAUGGAAGUCUUUUACACUGACGCAAAAAGUAUCUCCCGACGCCAUUUUCUCCAAUUUGAUCGAAAAGUGCCUUUCAACCGAGCCAACUAACCGUCCAACAGCAAGCACCCUCUGUAACUCGUCAUUUUUUGCCGAACUGAGCAACAGCGCGGUGCACCAAGUGCCCAAGUCCAAGUUUUCUGUUGAAGAGGAAGUUUUCGAUUACGAACAUAUUUACGAUGCGUUGGAAUUGGCAGUCAAAGAUUGUAAACCAGACAUGGAACUGUCAAAAUCUGGCCCAGCGAAACCGAAUUCAAUUCGCUCUUUCGCAGAUUGGUCGGAUUUUUCAAUUGCUACUUCCACAGUCUCUGAACACGAGGCGCGCAUUGCCCAGACCGAUUUCGCCUUUGGAAUUCAAAUUCACGACUGCUCGGACAAAAAAGACAGAAUGUUUUACGAAGACCAUGUUGCCGAAUCUGGCUCUGUUUUCGACCCAUACAAGUGGGAUCGUAAAGAGGCAGCAAAGCCGAUCUCAAAGUCAAACUACACGAUCAGCGAUUGUGGCUAUCAGUCGGAUCCGCAUGCCAUGUCUAGUAUUCCGAGCUUGAUUCGAUUUUCAGAGUCUCCCGAGGCGAGUAGUGAUCAUGAGUUGACCGUUGUCUGUGCAACAGAAGGAGAACAGGUUCAAGUCGAACCAACAAUUGAAUCCGUUUAUCAAGCUGCUCCUCCAGAUAACUCUCAGAAUGAACCUCAGGCAAAAACUCGUUCACCAAAGAAGAAGAAGCCAACAACUAUCGAUACAACAACUUCAGUGCCAUCAUUUGCUUCGGUUCCUUCGGCUGUCUCAGAUGAACCUUCUGUUUCUUCCAAAAUAAGUACUGUGCCAUCGAGACGACAGUCUUCUCUCGACAUAUUACUUGCGAAACAGGUCGAUCCAGCCGUGGAUCAGCUUCAACAAGUAAUCAACAACUUGCAAAAAGAAAACUCCCGCCUAACAACUCUGAUCGCCAAAAAAGAUACGCAGAUCAACACGCUAAAUGAAGAUAUCCAAAAUUUACAGCUCGCCUCGGCUGACCUAAAAAGAGAUAAUCUCUUCUUCGCGGGCGAGGUCAAGAGCCUUGAAGCCAAGAAUGAAUCGAUGACGAAGGAAGUUUUCACUGCCAAGAUGGAUCUUGCCAAAGUCAAAACUGAGAAGGAAGAGGAGUUGCUCGAGGUGGAAAGAGAAAAGAGAGAUCUUGAGUACAGAAUGGAGCUGAUCAAAUUUGAAAACGAAAAAAUUGGGCGCGAUUGUGCCAAAUCCUUGAGCAGGGUUGAUCACGAGAGAAUCAUUGCCUCCACUCAAGCGAACUUCGACCAAGUUCUCAAAGGCAUGGAAAUGCAAAUGCUUCAAGCUCAAAUUGACGCGAAAAAAGAAGAGGAAAAGCUCUCGAUGGCUCAUGGGACCAUCAAAUCUCUUAUGCAAGAAAAAGAACGUCUUGUUAUUACUGCGGAACAAGAACGCCAAAAGACCGCAGACGAAAGAGCUCGGGUUGCUCCGCUUAUUGUCCAAAACGAAAGUCUUUCGAAGCGUUGUGAAAUUCUCCUCCACAAAUACGAAGCACUAUCGCGAGAUUUAGACUCGGCAAAUCGCCAAAUCCACGUCCAGGAACGCGUCUUUACAGCCAAAACUUCCAUCAGCUCAGAGAAGAGCCUUACGUCGAUGAAAGAAAUGAUGUAUUCUGUUCAAGAUGAUUGGAAAAAUGUCACAGAGUUAUUAAAAGAAGUCCAAGAAGAGAACCACCAGAAAAGUCAGCAUCAAUACCAGAACUUUUUGAAAAAUAUCCAUGACACUACUCUUGAUCUUCGCCAGCGAGAAAUGGACUUGAGUUUCCGCGAAGAUCAAGUCCGCCAUGCCAACGCCAUCGCAGCUCUUCGUGAAAAUCACCUGAUAAAAAUGUCCGACGCCUUCAACAAAGCUGCCGAAGAAGCAAAGAACCUCAAGGCAAAGCCGGCUAAUGACGAACUCUUGAAACUCUACUCCCUCUUCAAGCAAGCUACCAUUGGUGAUUGCAACACUUCCCGCCCAGGUAUGAUGGACUUCUCUGGCAAGGCAAAGUGGGACGCCUGGAACGCGCUAAAGGGCAAGUCCACCGCCGACGCGGAGAAAGAAUACGUCGAUACCGUCGAAACUCUUAAGGGCAAAUACGGACUGGCCUAA